ACAUAAAUGGAUGAACCAUAGCCAGCCCUGCGCUAUGGAAAUGUAAUUUAUUGACAUUUUGUUUUAUCAAUUAUUCAAAGUUUCAACAGUCUCUCGAGACAAGCGGAUGCAUAUUACUCCGCACCCAGUUGCGUAAUCCGCCUUCCCCUAAAAACAAUAGUCCACUACGUGUUUGUAAACAUCUCAUUUACCGAAUAUAUGGAGCAAUACGUAACGACCAAAAUGUCGAUAAAUACAUAUUGUUAAAACUGGUAAACAUAAAAAUGUCUGAUUAGACAACGGGUCAGUUUUUCAACAAAAAUAAUAAAUAAGAUCCGGUUGCACGGACAGGAAGCAAGGAGAUACUCAUGGCGCCCGACUAGAAUGAGGCAACAAUUAUCGGUUACUAAUUCCUGUUCUAUUUAGCGCUUCUACACUUUAGGAUACCUUUCUACUCGAAAAUAUACGGUAAGAAAAAAGCGUGGAGAUUGUAGUGCCGGAGAAGGAAAAUAUUUUCAUUUUCUUCAGGGAGAGCAUUUGGGCGGUCUGCCGCGGCUGAGGCCCUCGAGGUCCCCAGUAGAGCUCUCAGAAUGCCUGAGUGUAAAAGGGGGUGCCUGGUGUAAAAUGGCGACGCGGAGCAGGCAGGGUGAAGGGCAGCUAGGCCCGUUUAAAACGGCUAGCUCACGUUGUACUGGAGGCUGUUACACACGAUAUGUUGACUUGGUUAGAUCAAUGACAUGCUCUUUAUCCAACAGCGUUAUCCUAUUUAACCACUUAAACUGUCACAUCACAAGUGGGAGAGGUUUUAUACCUGUUUUACCGUCCGUAAACACGAUAGUGACAUGAAACAAAGCUGCUAACGUUAGCUGCUCUGGCUCAGCGUGAGCUAACGUUAGUCUCCGUUGGCAUCAAGUUUAUAAGUAACUUUACCGAUGUCCCAAGCUGUUGUCACUUUAUCAGUACACUAACGGGGAAAACGUAAGCUUUUCGUCCACGGACUAGUGACAUUUAAUUAACACCAACGUUAACGCCCUUGAGAAGAAAAUACUUCACUCAGCCAGUUGAUGAGAGCUGGCACCACGGGCAUUAAUGCUCAUGCUACUUGUGCGUCUACGUUUUCCAAAAUAAACACUGUUAUUUACACUGUCACUUACCACUAAAUGAUGGUUGACGAAGUCAACAUCCUUUAUUGGAAUUAAUAUAAUAUGAAAUAAUCAUGUAUGAAAUAUUCAGUAGCUAAAGACCCGCAUCUAUAGCCAUUAGAUGUAGUGGGGGAAAUUAUUAACGGCAACAUAGACUGUACAAUAACCUUCAGAAAAAGGAUAUUAUCUCCUCUUGGUUACUAAAGUUACCUUUUCCAACAUUAUGCAUCCUUACUUCACCAGAGUUUAAAAAGUUGGACAAACGUUUUCUCAUUUCUGCAGGUCUUGAGGCUUUUAUACUUUGUUUUAGAAGUUAUUUCACACUUUUUUGUUAAUCCAGUGAUAAAUUAGCUGUGACUAUAAAAUAUUUGAUGAUGUGUAAACAACCUUGACACAUACGCGAAACAGAGGUGUCCUAGCCCAGUUAUGGAUUCAGAGGAGAAUGAGGUGGAGAGCAGCAGUGAUGCAGGCCCCUCAGGAAUGGAGGAGCCAUCUGAAAGUGGAAUGGGUAUGGAGUCGUCAGAGGCCAUGUCUGCAGACAGCAGUGAUGCUGCUGCCUCUCAUGCACAGGCCCCAGAGUCUGACUGCCAUGUGGGACAGAGCUCAGAGGGACUUGUGGUGUUCAUCCCAGAAACCAGCUCCAGUACAGAUGUCAGAGUUUCAUCAGUCCAUCUCCCAGAUUCCUCCUCAGUGGCCCAGUCCACCAGCGUGUCCAGUGUCUCCACAGUGACUCAGUCAGUGCUGGUGUCUGAGUCACCUCAAGUGCUGGUCCACUCCAGCGCUGUGUCUGACGGAGCCAUGAUGGUUUCUGACUCAACUGCUUCUACCUCGUCAGACCUGGGGUCUGCCAUUGACAAAAUCAUAGAAUCCACCAUCGGCCCUGACAUCAUGAAUGGCUGCAUAUCUGUGACCAGUGCAGAAGAUGGGGGUGCAGAAACAACUCAGUAUCUGAUAUUACAAGGACCGGAUGAUGGUGCUCCUAUGGUAGCUCAGAUGUCAUCUUCAGCCCUGUCCAAUCGUAUAGCCAUAGAAGCUCUCGCUGAAGGUCCCACAUCCACCUGUCUGGACCAGGGAGACCUGCAGGGCAACCUUGAACCCGACCAGCCUGACGAUCAGCCUGGACACUCAGGUUACCCAGAGGACAGUAGCAGUCAGCCUGACCAGCCCCAGCACUCCCACCCCUCCCAGUACAUGGACUGCAGUGCAGAUGGCCCGGACCAGACGGGGGAGUCUUCAUCUUCCUAUGUGGAGUGUUCAGGUGAGGAACCUGACCAGACACGCUCCCAGUCUGGCUUCCCUGACUACAGCGGGGAUAACAGUGACCAGGACCUGCCAGGAUACGUGGAAUGCAGCGGGGCUGACUCGAACCCCACCAGCCGAGGUCACUACGUGGUGGAGUGCAGUGCCGGGUAUCUUGAGUGUGCGGUGGAUGAUGGAGAGCAGCUGCAUCAUUCACGCAGUUACAUUGACAGCAGUGCAGACCACCGGUCCCAAACAAGUCGGCAGUAUGGGGCAGAGUAUGGCGGAGAAUGUGUUGCAGCUGCAGACUCUGAACAGCCGGGAUGUUCUCGGUACCAGGCAAGGGACGAUGAUGAAGAUGACGAGCAGAACCAGGAUCCAGAUCAGCCUCAGCACUCCCAACAGCAGCCCCAGCACUCCUGUUACAUGGAAAGCAGUAAUGGUCCCGAGGCCUCUCUCUAUGCUGAUGACAGCUCCUCGUCAGACCACCCUCUGGCAGACACAGCAGGCUCAGGAGGGCUUCCUGAGGCCCUGGAGUGCAGUGAGAGUCAGCCUGGGCCCUACAUCAGCAGCAGCGGGACAUACACCUCCAAUCCAGAGCCUGAGCUGGCCCAACAGUGCUCACCCAGUCAAGAGGAGCCCCAGGGCUCCCAUGGGCCUCAGGACGAAGCUGGGCUGGCCAGGGAGAUGGAGACAUCAACAGUGGCAGAAGGCUCUGGAGACAGACCACCAAACCUAGCUGAGCUGGAGGAGAUGAUGGAAGUAGUGAUUGUACAGCAGUUCAAGUGUAAGAUGUGUCCGUACAAGAGUGCCUCCAAAGACACACUCAUUAACCAUAUGAGAGACAAACACUUCAAACCUGCAGGGGAUGUGCCAAAAAAACGUAAGCGUGGGCGGCCUCCCAAAAGUGAGACAUUGGCCCGCCGCCAGGCAGAGAGGGAGGAAGCAGAAGAGAAGAAAGCAGCAAAGGUGAAGACCGCAGAGCCCCAUCAGGCAGAGGAAGAAGAGGAUGAUAUUGUGGAUGCUGGUGCUAUUGAUGACCCUGAAGAGGAUAGUGACUACAACCCUGCAGAUGAGGACUGCAAAGGAAGACCACCUGCCAUUCUGAAAAAGCCCGCUCCUCCCAUUUCCUCUUCAUCUCAAGGGCGUCCCCGGCGAAAGGUUGGCCGUCCGAGGAAGUACAGCUCUGUAGAAGAAGGCUACAACAGCAAAGAAGCAGAAAGUAUUGCUAAGAAGCCCAGAGUCAGCGCUGAUGCUAGUGUACCUGAGGAAGCAAGUUCUUCCGGGCUAGGCAACGGCCCUGCUGUGGUGACUGAAGGAGACACUGCUGAGGCCACAAUAAGCCAAUCAGACUCUGAGAACAAAGACCCUUCAUCCAACACACAGCCAGAGGAAGAGUUCUUCCAGAGGAAACGUGGCAGACCCUCCAAACGCUUCCUUCGCAAGAAGUAUAAGAAGUAUAUCAAUCGAAAUCGUUACUAUAAAUCCCUCAAACCACUCCUGAGACCUCACAACUGCUGGAUCUGUGGCUCGCGCUUCCUCACUCAAGAAGAUUUGCGCUUCCAUGUGGACUCUCACGAGGGCAAUGACCCGGAGCUCUUUAAGUGCCUCCAGUGCAACUAUCGCUGUAAACGCUGGUCCUCACUCAAGGAACACAUGUUCAACCAUGAGGGUACCAAGCCUUUUAAGUGUGAGGAGUGUGAUUACACAAGUGUCUACAGGAAAGAUGUCAUUCGCCACUCAGCAGUUCAUAACAAAGAGAAGAAAAGAAAAACAGAGUUGGUACCAAAGGUGUCAGAGUUCCCCUGCCCUGUGUGUCACAGAGUAUACCCCAUGCAAAAGAGACUUACGCAGCACAUGAAAACCCACAGCUCUGAGAAACCACACAUGUGUGAUAAGUGCGGCAAAUCCUUUAAGAAGCGCUACACGUUCAAAAUGCACCUACUGACCCACAUCCAGAGUCUUGGAGACAGCAAGUUCAAGUGUGAGUUUUGUGACUACACUUGCGACAACAAGAAGCUGCUGCUCAACCACCAGCUGUCCCACACCAACGACAGGCCUUUCAAGUGUGACUACUGUAAAUACUCCACUUCCAAAGAGGAGUUCCUCGUCUCCCAUCUAGCCAUCAAACACACAGGAGAGAAGCCUUUUUCCUGUGAUAUGUGUCACUUCAUGACCAAGCACAGGAAGAACCUGCGUCUACAUGUCCAGUGUCGCCAUCCUGAGGCGUUUGAAGAGUGGUCUGUGGCUCAUCCCGAAGAGCCAGUGAGGAGACGACGCAGACCCUUCUUCACCCUGCAGCAGAUAGAGGAGCUCAAGCAACAGCAGGACGACACACCAGGCUUACAGAACACUAUUGUGGCAGUGGAUUCAGCUACACUACAAGCUAUGCAAGGGAUGGAAAAUGCCUCAGUGUCCCAGGAUGCUUUGGGAAAUACCACCAUCAUCUAUGAACAAGCUGAGUCCAGUGAUUUGUCUGCCCAGAAUGCUCUGGACCUGCUGCUGAAUAUGAGCAAUGCCCGUGAAUUGGUUGGAAACUCUUUACAGGUGGCAGUGCUGAAGUCAGAGGGCAAACCUUUGGAGAAGGGCACUUGGAGUACAGUGACCACAGCACCGGGUCAGGCACAAAAGGUCAUGACCUUCCAUGUGUCUGAGAACGGUGAGACAGUUCUACAAGAGGCUUACGAGGCAGCCGCCUCUGAGACAGGAGAGCUCACCCAGAUCGCCAUCGAAGCCUACGAAGGUGGAGGGGAAUUUAGUGUGGUGGAGCAGGCCGCUGAAGAAAUCCAUAGCCCUGGAUACAGUAAUGGUGAGAGCAGUCCUCCUCAGGCUUUAGAGGUCUCUGGAUCAGAGAGCAUGAAAAGCGACAAGUACUAUCUUACUUCAGCAGCGCUGCCUGACGGUGUACUGCAACAAGUGGAGCUGAGCAGUGAGGCUCCACCCUCUCCCUCUGCUGUGAGCUCUCCCAGUCUCAGCACCAAGAGGUUUUCCUGCCGAAUCUGCAUGGAGUCUUUCCAUGGACGCUCUGACAUGGAGAACCACAAGAGGGCGCACUUGGAUGCCAACACCUUCAAGUGUCCUGACUGUGACUUCACCUCCACCUCUUGGCCAGAGGUCAAGGCUCACAUGGAGCAGCAUUCCUACCUACGUCCCCAUAAGUGUCCAAACUGUAGCUUUGCCUCCAAGAACAAGAAAGACCUGCGCCGACACAUGAUGACCCACACCAAUGAGAAACCCUUUUCUUGCAAACUAUGUGGUCAAAGGUUUAACCGUAAUGGCCAUCUGAAGUUUCACAUGGAGCGUCUCCACAAUCAGGAUCAUCCUACUCGCAAAAACCGUACCGCCACAUCUCAACAAACCAUCAUAGUCAACAGUGAUGAGGAGGCCCUCGCCACACUGCAGUCCCUGCAGGGACAUCAGACUGUGAUCACUCCAGAGAGGUUGCAGGCCUUGGGACAGGAGCACAUCAUUGUAGCUCAAGAACAGGCACUAUCAGAUCAGGAGGAGGGCACAUACAUUCAACAGAUAACCACCAUAGAUGGACAGACAGUUCAGCAUCUGAUGACAGGAGACAACCAGGUGACUGAGGUCCAGUAUAUCAUCUCACAGGAUGGAGUACAGCACUUGAUCCCGCAGGAGUAUGUAGUAGUAGCUGACGGCAACCACAUACAGAUGCCAGAUGGACAGAUCAUCCAGUAUGAGCAUGACGGGGCCUUUGUGCAGGAGCAACAGAUUGCUGUGAGUCAUGACGGUCAGAUCCAGUAUCUACCUGUCAGCUCAGAGCAACAGAUAGUGAAUCCUGAAGAGCUGGAGGCUGCUGCACACACUGCUGUCACAGCAGUAGCAGAGGCAGCGAUGGCACAGACCCAGACAGUCUACACAGAAGCUACACCCGAACAGCUGGAGCAGCUGCAGCAGCAGGGCAUCCACUACGAUGUCAUUACCUUCACUGAGGAAUAGACGGCUUUUUUAAACCGACCAGGGUACAAACCUGCGCCAACCAGGACCAAGACAAACCACUAGGAGCUGACAAGUAUAGUGACCUCAACUUAUUUAUGCAUUCAGCUGGCCGUGAACUAAAGCAUCAUCUCCUCGACAGUAUCAUCUGCUCGGGGGAGGUUGCUCAGUUUAAUAAGAUCAGCAGCUUUUUGUAAAUUCAGAUUAUUGCACCCAUUGCUUCUAAGUUAAUCAUAGGGGCUGUGCAUUUAAGAGUUGGUCUGUAAUUAUUAAAAAUGAUUUGUGUUUAUGUGCCUCAGCUGCUUCGAUUUGCAAGACAAUGUUAUCACAGAGAAUGAAAUGGCUUAUAUAAUGUUUUAGAAAAUAUACUGAGCAUUCAAAUGAACUUUUUAGUUUGAAAAAUGGAGUGAGUGAAAACGGAGUGUUUAUUUUUGAUCUGUAAUAAGAUAUGUUAGUUGUCAGAACGCCACAACCUUGUGUUUACUGAAUAUUAAAUUGUACAUACCUUUUGCAUUUGUGUUCUGUUCCAUAUUGGAGGAUUUGUUUUAAUUUGGUGAAUGUGAAGUGUUUAAUAAGCUGAAAGCUGACACCAAAUAAAUCACUUUGUGUAAAAAA